GCAUCCUGAUGAUCUCUCCUAUCAUCAUGUGCUGACAACGCACAUUUUCCACUGACGUCGCCCCAUGUUAAGUCAUUUCUCGUAUUUUGGAUGAUUGCACUGCAGAAGAAAGGGGAACAGGACCCGUUCAGAAGGAAUUGGAUGUGAUUCUAUGGAAGUUUUGUCCCGCCCUCCCCCCAUAAAAAGAGGCAACGGACGGCGCUCCCAGCCUCCCAAGUCGGAGACAGGAGGACGUAAACUUUACGCGCACAAGUUUCCUUUUUGAAGCACGAGCCGCGCUGCAAGGUCAGAGACGCAAGGCUAAAAGACACGAGAGUCAUUCUCACCUGGGAUCAGAAUCUAGCCUGAAGAGACGCUUACGGUAAAGAAGACGGAUUUUCAUUCUCUUAAUCCAAAAUGAACAUCCCGAGUGCGGCACUGUUUUUCUGUUGGACGGUUCUGUGCCUGGACACCAGUCUGAGCCAGAAAGACUGCACAGGUGUGGACUGUCCUGACAUGCAGGACUGCAUCGAUACGGUUUUAUCGAAGGGAGCCUGCUGUCCCACCUGCACGCAACGGGGCUGCACCUGCGAGGGCUACCAGUACUACGACUGCAUCCAAGCGGGCUUCCAGAAGGGCAAAGUCCCAGCGGGGGAAUCUUACUUUGUGGAUUUUGGAAGCACCGAAUGCUCCUGUCCCCGGGGAGGGGGGAAGAUAAGCUGUCGUUUUAUUCCGUGCCCUGAAAUUCCCCCCAACUGCAUCGACAUUCUGCAAUCUGGGGAGGGAUGUGCUCAGUGCGGCCGGAUUGGCUGUACCCAUGGCAACAAGAAAUAUGACGCGGGGCACUCCUUUCAGAUGGACCACUGCCAGGUUUGCCACUGUCCGAAUGAAGGUGGAAGGUUAAUGUGUUCGCCGAUCCCCGAUUGUGACAUCCAUGACUCUAAUAAGCCCAUGUGGGUAGCGACCACUGAAAACAAUAACCCUUUGAGAGACAUUAGCGGUCACCAUGGAGGCCAGCAAACGAGUCCCGCUGAGCCAUUUUCCAAGCUGGCACUGGGAAACACUCUCCCGCUGUAUAAGCCGGACCCACCCAGUUUUGGCACAGAGGAAUAUGACUAUACCCUGGCGGGGCCGACGUCUUCCACUAUCCAAGAUCUGGCCCAACCACUGGAAUCUACUACAGCACCACCAGCUUACCCAGAGUCAAGCUCCACUUCCCUCAGCUCCCGUGAUGACAGGAGACAUGAGCCGAGGGAGGUACAAAAAAGGCCAGAUUCAGAGAGGAGCAGAGAGGCUGAGGCCGCACAUAACACGGAUCCAAAAACCACCGAGACUCGUGAAAGUGAAACAUCAACAUCGCUAACGGCCACACCGAGAGUGGCCACAGAGAACCACAGGCCACAACAGGAAAACGCUGAGAGGACCAUUAGACAUAACAGCGAGAGAGGCAGGGUGGCAGACGGCACCGAACAAGACACAACACACACGGUCCAGGCAAACAAAGGGUCCAGGCACCAUCACAGACAUAGUCAGGGCGGCCGCGCGAGAGGUCACGGCGACUCCCAUUCUGCUGGCCGUAGGGAAGAAGACAAAGUGACGGCGGAGCACAGGCAGCCGCUCGGCAGAGAGGAGCUGCAGGGCACACAUCCCACAAUUCAGUUCAGUCCCACCAGCAGAGCUCCAGUCAGGAUGAGAGAGGAUGGAGAGCAGCCUCGCAGACAGUCCCAAACCCUCCAAAACUACCAGACGGGAGACACAGAAGUGUCUGCCAAGGAGUUGGUGGAGACCUGCUGUGAGACAGGGGAGAAAUGGGCUUCAGCUAAUGGCCACUGCAACAACAUGGAGCCACCCACAAGAGAUAGGCACUCCAUCUGCUGGACUGCCCAACAACAGUGCUGCCUCGGCUCCCUCGGACAAAGUCGAUGUCUGGCCGGAAUAAACGCAGCCAAAGCAGGAGGUGCGUGUCAACAGGACGGCGGCGAUAAAUGUGGCGACGACUCCUACAAGGACUGCUGUGACUGCUGCUCUCUGGGGCUGCAGCUCCGCAGCGAGGGGCAUCGCUGCGAAGCCCACCAGUACCUGGGCUUCCACUGCAGACGCGUCUUUCUGACCUGCUGCGAGGGCGAGGAGAGCAGAGCCGGGGAUCACGACGACGGGCACACUGUCAGAGAGAGGCCAGCUCUCGCCCCCACCGCACCGCCUAAAAAAGUGUCCGACAGCCCGUACCCCAAAGAGGCCUUCUCCAUCGGCGAGGAGCAGGACAGGGAGAACGCGGCGGAGGGUCCCGUGGGGGCGGAGGACGUGGACGAGUGCCUGAUGUACGAGGGCCACCUCUGCCACCACAGAUGUGUCAACACGCCGGGCUCUUUCCGCUGCGAGUGCCUCCCUGGAUACGUGCUGCAGGACGACGCUUUCACUUGUGCGCAAGAGACGCUGGACGAGGAGAACAGACUGAAGGAGGAUGACAGAGCGGCGGCGGAGCCCACUUCACCGCUUCUGCCUCCCACCGAGCCCUCGGUCCCACUCGACCCCUGUGAAGGCAACGGCCCGUGUGAGCAACACUGCACCUCAGUGGGCGGAAGGCCACAGUGCUCCUGUGUCCCAGGAUUCUCCCUUAAGGCCGAUGGACGCACCUGUGAGGAUAUAAACGAGUGUUCCUCGGCCCAUGCCUGCCAGCUGGGCGAGCGCUGCGUGAACACUGCGGGGAGUUUUACCUGUCAGAGGCUGAUCACCUGUCCCCCGGGACACCAGAUCAACAAUGACAUUUGUGAAGACAUCAAUGAGUGUGUGCAGCAGAGCCAUAACUGUGGACCUGGCUUUGAGUGCGUGAAUACCGAGGGCUCGUUCAGGUGCAACCCUAAACCUCGAUGUCCUGUGGGCUUUAGCCGGGAUGCGCAGGGGAGCUGUACGGACAUUGAUGAGUGUGGCGCUGGGGCCCAGCCCUGCAGCCCCGCAUUUAACUGCAUCAACACGGUGGGAUCCUACGUGUGCCAGAGGAAGAUAAUAUGCAGCCGUGGCUAUCACGCCAGCCCUGACGGAGCCAGGUGUAUCGAUGUGGACGAGUGUCAAGGCGGUCUGCAUCGAUGUGGAGAGGGCCAGCUGUGCCACAAUCUGCCCGGCUCCUACCGCUGUGAAUGCCAAACAGGCUACCAGUAUGACUCAUUCCGGAGGAUGUGUGUAGAUGUAAACGAGUGCUGGCGCUACCCGGGACGCCUGUGUGCCCAGACCUGCGAGAACACCCCGGGCUCCUACGAAUGCUCGUGCACCUCUGGCUUCCGCUUAUCCGGCGAUGGCAAGAACUGUGAAGAUGUGAACGAGUGUUUGGCCAGCCCGUGCAGUCAGGAGUGUGCCAACAUCUACGGCUCCUACCAGUGCUACUGCAGACAGGGCUACUACCUCAGGGAGGAUGGGAACACCUGUGAAGACAUCGACGAGUGUUCUCAGAGCAUCGGCCAUCUGUGCACCUAUAAGUGUGUGAACGUCCCCGGGAGUUACCAGUGCGCGUGUCCCGACUAUGGAUACACCAUGUCUCCGAACGGACGCUCCUGCAGAGAUAUUGAUGAGUGCACCACGGGGGCCCACAACUGCUCUCUGGCUGAGACCUGCUACAACAUCCAAGGAGGGUACCGCUGCCUUUCGCUCAGCUGUCCGCCGAACUACCGCAAAGUGUCCGACACUCGCUGUGAGCGGAUCAGCUGUCCCAACUACCUGGACUGUCAAAACACUCCCCUGAGAAUCACCUACUACUACCUCAGCUUCCAGUCCAACAUCGUCAUCCCCGCCCAGAUCUUCCGCAUCGGACCGUCCCCAGCCUACUCGGGGGACAACGUCAUCGUCAGCAUCACGCAGGGCAACGAGGAGAACUACUUCAGCACCCGGAAGCUGAACGCCUACACUGGCGCCGUGUACUUGCAUCGACAGGUUGAAGGUCCGAGGGAUUUCUUUAUCAACGUGGAGAUGAAGCUUUGGAGACAGGGGACGUUCACCACGUUCCAGGCCAGGAUCUACGUCUUCAUAACCGGCAACCCGCUCUAACCGUUGGAGACGCGCCAUGGCCACUAUGGACCUUAAUUCAGUUCAUUUUUCACAUCACUAUUUAACAGCGUCAGUGUUGAGUAGUUAAUCUCGCUUUUUGUCCAGUUGAAGUUAAUAUAAAAAAAAAAGAGAUUGCUGUAAGACUUAGUGGAAUAUUCAGAGAGUUUCUGUUUUCGCUGCGUUUGCAUGAAAAAAAAAACAAAAACGAAAAAACCCUGUAAUGUCAAAUCAUUCUGCUCCUUUUAAUUUCUCACUCGAUUUGCUAAAAUAUACAGUACGUCUCGUUCAUUUCCAUGCCUCAGAAAACCCAUGAAAAACACAUUCCACAUUUUCAAGAAACCCAUUAAAAAAACCUGUGUCCAAAGAUAAUAACUUCAGAGAGGCGGAGAUAUUUAUUGUCCCAGCAGAAUGAAACAAUUUACUUUUGUUUUGAUUAUGGUAACCAGACAUGAGUAAAGCAUAAGAAUCAUAACAGAUGGGCUCUUACUUCUCCCCAGCUCAUUUUCUUUCUUUUUUUCCAAACUGAAAGACUUGUAUCCCAGUUUUCUGUUAUCAGAUGAUGAUGAUGACGACGAUGAUGAUGUGUGAUUUGAUAGCAGAGGAAACUGUUCCGUCUCACGGUGCUUCGUCCACUAUGUCUGCUGCUGUUUGUGUUUUGUCCUUGAAAUAUUUUAUAUUAUGUCAUUUUAUAUUACUCUAUAUGGUGUAUUAUUUUUUUUGUAUCAGGCACAUUACGGAUGGAUGUAUCAUAUUUUUUAUGCUAGAUUCACAAGCAGCAAAGUAUUUUAGUAAAAUAUAUUAAAAGAAAACACCAAUGUGGUUUGGUGAGUAUCGGCUAACUUUAUUUAUUAGGAGGUAUAUUAGCUGUGGUUUAGUUUCCUCAUCGUUCCUCUGUAGCUCUCACUUUAUAUACGACUCAUUCCUGUGCACUGUCCACAGAGAACAUUACCUCUCAGCGAAGUUGUCAUAGAAUAUAAUCCAUUCUUGUCAGGGCAUGUCACACAGUAAGUGUCCGUGCCUAUUUACAUACCUGUUCACACCUCGCCAGUGAGCUCAACGCGAGCGUCAUCCGCCGACUCCCGGCUGUUCGACGCACGAACACGUUUAAUGGUGGCUGAUAAAAGCAUGUAGCGUUCGACUUCUGAAAUAAAAAAAAAAA